UUUUUUCCACUACUUUCGCUUCCGAUGAACAAUGGCAGGCAUAGAUUCAAGCUCUGCUUUCAGCAACAUUAUAUCUAACCAUUCCAUCCUGACGAGAUACCUUCCGCGUCCACCGGUUUUCUUCAUGCAUGCGAUCAGGACGGUCUUGCUUGUGACAGCUUUAAUCGCGCACGCGACGCGUUUACCGACAAGCAGUUUGAAGAUUAAACGAUUUUGACAGCGCUGGCCUGCACGACAUUGUCAAAAAGUACUCUGCACUGCUCGAUCUUCGCUCAGCAAUCCGCGUUAAAAUGACCAACUUUUAGAUGGGUCUACGGGAUGCUUUUGAAAUGAUUCACCGAGCACCAUCAUCACCUUUAGGUUAUUUCCGAGCAAACGCGUUGAACUUGAUGCGAUUUAAUCACCUGGAAGCAUUGGACGUCUGCCUUCAAGGAAUCAAAAACACGCCCAAAGUAUAUCCCCAAGUGUUUCAGCAAUGCUACGAAGCAGCCAAAACAAAGCACGAGACAGCCUUUGCCCUCGUUGCAUUACUGCCCUAUGAAACUGUAACGCUCAUUGUCGGAUACUUGCGCUUUAAGGACCGUCUGAACCUACUUGGUGUGUCAAACACUUGGCGAAACAAGCUCAUAGAAUGUCCACAGAUCUGGAACACGCUACUGUUCUCGCCUCUGAAAGACUCACGGUAGAUGAUAUCUUGGCGAUUCAAUACAUCAGCUUCUUUCGGUACUUGUACGACGCGAAGCUCUGUGAAUUUAUCUCCUAUUCUUAAGCACAAAGCGUUUUCUCAACUUUGAAAAAGCUUACCAUCAG